GAUAUUGAUCCGAAGACAGCUCCCCCGAGUCUCAAUGCCGGACGAUUUUGACAUCAUGGACCCUUCCCUCGCUCAAAGUGAUGACGGACAUAUAAUCGGGUUCGGCAACGGGGGCAAAUUUGGGGUGGAAACUCACCACCAUCAUUCACAUCCACAACAACAACAACAACAACAACAACAACAACAUCAACAACAACAACCGCAACAACAGAGUGAUCCUGUGCCAGUCAUUGGAGAUUAUUCCGAGGAAUAUUUCACCAAUGGCAACGUGCAAUUGUAUAACCAACGAGAGUACCUUGAUGAUGGAAACCACAGUAACCCAAGUGCGACAUUUGAAGUUGAUUCGGAGCCAAGACCACCGCCUUAUUAUCGAGACCAAAGCUACGACACCCAGACCCCAAGAAUACGAAACCCAUCGACAGUCUUGGCAGCCAUUUCAGAUCGAAGUCGAAGUUCGCAACUCGCUCCCGCGGAUCAACAUCGAUUGGAAAAGAAACGAGAGCGAAACCGAAUCGCCGCCUCCAAAUGCCGUCAAAAGAAAGUGGACCUGAUCAUGGCACUAAAAUCUGAAGUAGACAAGCUGAAGCAGGAAAAUGAUGCUCUCAAACAGGAAUCCAGCAGCCUCACCAACGACUUGGGCGAGAUGAAGCGACAGCUACAAAGCCAUCAACAGAGCGGAUGCAAAAUUCAUCUGGGAACGUCGCUGGGAUUCGUUUUAGGAGCACCCAUGAUCAAUAGCAACAACAGUAUUAAUGCCCCGAGCAAUAACAACCAAAGUCAUGCCAAGAAAGGUCCCACUUCCCAUCUGUCCAAUGGUCUCGUGUCCGGCCAUCAGCUCUAGUUCACUUUGACCGCAUCUCAACAUUACCAAAGAAUCUGCUCUCUUCUCCGGAUGUUGGAAACCAAUCAAACCGACUGCAAUCACUUCUCCGUAGACUAAGAUUGUGUGUAACGUCAGUCAGUCCUUGAAUGAAUCAUUAAAGCAGCCCAAGAGACUA